UGUGACACCAUGCGGAUUUCAGAAAGUUAUCUCUUAACGUUUUAAAGUUUUCAUUUUGUUCUAAAAGCUCUGCACCCUAUGGUGCCGCUACGGCCACCGAGAAAUGGAUGUCUCGCAGGCCGCUUUCCCAAACGGUGAAGGGCGGCCGGGCGGCGAUGGGACCGGGGAGCAUGCCUGGACAGAUUCACCACCAGUUCGGGCGUGGGCUCACUCAGCCCCGCUCUGCCCGACUCGGUCCUUAUGGACAGCCGCGUACGACUACGAGGCAAGUGGCGAGGACGAGCUCAGCCUCCGACGAGGGGACGUGGUGGAGGUCCUGUCCAAGGACGCUGCAAUCUCCGGGGACGAGGGAUGGUGGACGGGUAAAAUCAACCACCGGGUCGGGAUUUUCCCCUCCAACUAUGUCACCUACCAGCCCGCUAUUUACCGUCUACCAGCUACGAGUGGGUCAGUGGGGACACGAGAGCGAGUCCCGAGCUCGCCCGUUCAGAUUCCCUUCACUGAACUGGUACUAGAGGAGAUCAUAGGCGUGGGUGGAUUUGGCAAAGUUUACCGAGGCACAUGGAAAGAUCAAGAGGUUGCAGUGAAGGCGGCUCGGCAAGACCCAGACGAGGACAUAACAGCCACCGCCGGCAGUGUUAAACAAGAAGCUAAACUUUUCUCCAUGCUGCAGCACCCCAACAUUAUUAAACUGGAGGGAGUGUGUUUGGAUGAGCCCAACCUGUGUCUGGUUAUGGAGUAUGCCCGAGGCGGGACACUCAACCGGGUAUUGACCGGAAGGCGCAUCCCUCCACACAUCCUGGUCAACUGGGCCGUGCAGAUUGCACGCGGGAUGCACUAUCUACACGAGGAGGCCGUGGUACCCAUCAUCCAUCGUGACCUGAAGUCUAGCAACAUUUUAUUACUUGAAAAGAUUGAGAAUGACGACAUCGGGAGGAAGACCUUGAAGAUCACAGAUUUUGGCCUGGCCAGGGAGUGGCACAAAACCACAAAAAUGUCAGCAGCAGGCACCUACUCCUGGAUGGCCCCUGAGGUCAUCAAGUCGUCUCUCUUCUCCAAAGGCAGUGAUGUCUGGAGCUAUGGCGUCUUGCUGUGGGAGCUGUUAACAGGGGAGGUGCCUUACCGAGGGAUAGAUGGCCUGGCUGUUGCUUACGGAGUGGCAGUCAAUAAGUUAACUCUACCAAUCCCCUCCACCUGCCCUGAACCCUUCGCCAAGCUCAUGGAAGAGUGUUGGGACCAGGACCCCCACGUGCGUCCUUCCUUCUCCUGCAUCCUGGAGCAGCUGUCGGCCAUCGAGGAGGCGGUGAUGGCCACCAUGCCCCAGGAUUCCUUUCACAGCAUGCAGGAUGACUGGCGUGUGGAGAUUCAGGAGAUGUUUGAUGAGCUCAGGACCAAAGAGAAGGAGCUACGUUCCAGGGAAGAGGAGCUGACGCGGGCCGCCCUCCAGCAGAAGUCUCAGGAGGAGCUGCUGAAGCGUCGGGAGCAGCAGCUGGCAGAGCGGGAGAUCAACGUGCUGGAGAGAGAGCUCAACAUCCUCAUUUUCCAGCUCAACAAAGACAAGCCCAAUGUGAAGAAGAGGAAGGGCAAAUUCAAACGUUCCCGUCUUAAACUGAAGGAUGGAAACCGCAUCAGCCUGCCUUCAGACUUCCAGCAUAAGAUCACCGUGCAGGCGUCGCCCUCUAUGGACAAGAGGCGGAGCCUUCACAGCACCAGCUCCUCUCCUCCCAGCAGUCCCACACUCAUCCCUCGGCUACGAGCCAUUCAGCUUACUCAAGAUGAGAGCAACCGUACGUGGGGCCGCAGCACCCUCUUCAGGCCAGAGGAGUUUGAUGAUGUGAAAAAGGGAAUCAAGAAGAAAGGAAGAACCUGGGGCCCCAGUUCAGUGCAGAGCAAAGAAAGGCCUGCUGCUGCUGAGAGAGUGCGUCCUCUGUCAGACGGCAGUAAUCCCUGGUCCACCAGCCUGGUGAAGUCCCAGAAGUCUGUCCCUCUCGCUGCCCUGUUUGCCGAACAAGCGGGGGCCGGUAAAGAUGAGGCAUUCACCCAGGAAUGUCCUGACAGCAGCUCCAAACCAAAGCAGCUCAAGUUCCCCAACCAGGUGUACAUCGAUCUACCUCUGUGGAGGGACGAGCAGCAGCCUCAGAGCCCCGGUGGGCAUUGUGGGCUGGGAGAUACCGGGGUCGGGGCAGCGGGUCAGAGUGGCCCACCAGAGACCCCAGACGACCCCUACACCACCACAUCCACCUCGUCCACUUCCACCACCCCACAGCUCACCCCCACCAACAGCCUGAAGCGGACGUCAGCUCGCCGCAAGACGGACUCUGUGCUGUAUGGCUGCGGCUCGCUGCUGGCUUCAGUCGUGCUCGGCUAUGACAUUAGGGAGGCUCUCAAAAACUCAGCCCCUGCUGAAGAUUGCGAGCCCCAGCGUGAGGAGAAAGAGAAAAAAAAGAAGGAGGGUCUGUUUCAACGUGCGACCCGGUUCCGACGCAGCACCUCACCGCCAAGUGGUCGCUCCCGCAAAGACGAGGCCUCGUCAAACCACACCUCCACCCAACCUGUCAAUCUAAUCUCCAUGUCAGCCAUUAUGGAAUGCAACUCCACCAAGUGCCUCUUACAGUCUGAGGCGGAGGUGUCCGAGUCUAGCCCCGGAAAAGUUGAGCUUGUGGUUGUCAAUCAUCACACAGAGCCCUCCAGACCCGGCCCAGCGGCAUCCCCAGAAGGCCAGAGUAACAGGACUGCAGCUAAAACUCAGACACCAGUGCAAACCCAAAGCCAGCCACAAGAGCAAAGCAACCAUAACACAGGGACGCGACUACGCAGGAAGAAAUACACUACCAACCACAAUACCAAUGGCCCACCUACUCUGCCUCCUCCAGCCACACAGAAGAAGCAGGAGAAAGAGAAGGACGGAGCGUCAGAGAAGACCUCUGGCGGGGAGGCCUUCUCCAGACCACGGCCAGUGUCAUUCCGGGCCAAACACCACGCCUGGGCCCUUCUGCGAGGACGCAACAAGAGCUACUCACUGGGCCACUACUCCGGAGAGAAGACAGCAAAAAACCUAAACAUGGUGCUGUCAUCAGAGGUAGGGGUAGGCUGCUCCCUGCUGGACAUGGACACAGAGGGCCAGAAACGAGACUGCACCGUGCCGCUCUGCCGCAUUCAGAGCUCCCCGGCACGGCCCUCCGUUUUCGAGCUGGAGAAUGAGUUCCUCUCUUAGGCGCCUUGAGAAGUGGUCUGCUGUGGUCAUAGUUCAUGCCAUACAAUCUAGAGCUUUCCUGAAAAUACAGACAGAAUUUGUUUGGCCUAGAACUCCUGGAGGGUUUAGAACCAGGCUGCCUUUUUAAAAAAAGUUCUAUAACAUAGAACCCAGCUUUGUCUUAGUUCUAGAACAUAGUGAUGUCAGUGUUCUAGAGCAUAACCAAGUCUGAGACUUCUAUAGGACAUCUGUGUCACAGGAGUUCUAGAAUGAGCACCCUUAUCUCAGUUUGAGAGCGGCCUUACACACUGCUGUGUCUCAUUAUGGAACACACAUACACCUAGUUCUGAAACGUGAGCAGAACGUUCCAGAGCUGGAUCAGCAGCUCUUCCUCUGAUCCCUCGGUGCUCCACUGCCACCUUUG